UUUAAUGUAUUUAAAUGGUUUAUUUUCAUACUAUCACAUUAUUGUAACCCGUCCUUGCGGAAAAAGUGGGCUAGAAAUUAAUUAUUAUUAAAAACCCAAACAAGAGUGCUUGCUGUUGUUCCAGCUUCCUCGAUGCUGACUUUCUAAGCACUUGCAGAAGUUGAUUCAAUGGCUGCGUCCCCCGCUCCCACUUGAAUGGUCCAAACUAAUAAAAGCAACUAUUCGCCAAUCCGCCUGAUACCCCAGCCUUGCUCAAGAGGGCCCGGAGAUUCCCCUCCCGACGCCAGUGAUAUUUCCACGGCAAUUAAACGUUUCCAUGUAACAGCGCGAUGCAGGGCUAUUUACUCAGCAGACGUGGCUCCGAUCGGGUUUGCAAGCCUCCUUAAUCUUUGCGGUAACCUGAAGGGGCCCCCCGGAGAUGCGUAACAGCCUCGGGUGCCAAGCGGCUGGGAAACCUGACAUGCUCAGGGCUAGCCCCGCCCUUGCAGCUACCGCGCCACUUGCCAGAGCCACCGACGGUCUUGCUCGCUCGCCCUGAGCCCGCCUCCGCUCGGGCUCUGCUCCUCCUCCCCACGCCAGCAUCUCCGACAGCCGGCCGGCCUGCUCGCUCAGUCCACCAUGAGGCUUCCUGCGCUGUGCCGCUUGGCUUGGAGACCAGCAGCGCCGGCACUUAGUCGGGCUGCAAGAAAAAGCGGCGGCGGGGGGUCGCGAAAGCUUCUCAGCCGGCUCCCCGGCUGGCCAGUGUUCUUGCCCCCGCGAGGGAUAUGCAGCACGUGGGGCCGCCUGGCGAAGCAGCAGGCCGUCCGAUAUAGCGGGCGGCUGCAAGCCUCGCUGGCCAGAGAAGUCAUCGAAAGCUCCAAGAAAGCCCUGAGUUUACUGCAAAUAGAACAUCCUACUUUUAACCCAACUCUUUCCGUUGUUCAGGUCGGUGAUGAUGAUUUGGGGCAAGAAAUGAGAAACUCUGCUGAAGAGAUUGGUCUGAAUAUUAUCCAUAGUUGCCUCCCUCAUGAGCGCACCAAAGAUGAGAUUGCUGAUGAAAUAAUAAAACUCAAUGAGGAUCGUAAUAUUCAUGGCCUUGUACUUCACUGCUUUAACGAGUCACAUACAAGUAAAGUACUGAAUGCUGUGAAGCCAGAGAAAGAUGUGAAUGGAGUAACAGAUAUUAACUUGGGAAGGCUAGUGCGUGGAGACAUGAAUUUCUGUGUCAUCCCCCCUGUGGUUGGUGCAGUGAUCCAGCUUCUGGAAAAACUAGCAAAUACUUCCCUAGAUGGAAAAAAGGUGCUACUCUUGGGAUUUGAAGGACCCUUAGAAGUCUCUCUGCAUUGCCUUCUUCAGAGAAAAGGGGUCAUGACCAUGAGCUGCCCUUGGAAAAUGAAACAACUUCAAGCUAUGCUUCAUGAUGCUGACUUGGUGGUAGUAGGCAGUACCAAACCCAAAGACAUUCCAGUUACCUGGAUUUCUGAGAUGACUGCUGUGAAUUGUUCACAUGACUUUUUGCAUGGAUGGUAUAGUCGUGGCGAACAGCCUCCAAAACACAAUGACCAGACCCCUGGUGAAGUUGUAGAUCAACUGGCAAUGGCAAUCUGCAUGCAGAAUUUGGUAAAACUAAGCGAGAGAUGGCUACAGGCCCAGCAGUAUAAGAACUGGAAACUCCGUUGCUUGAAACUUCAGCCCCGUUCACCUGUUCCAAGCGAUAUUGAGAUUUCCCGAGGACAGAGUCCAAAAGCUGUUGAUGUCCUUGCCAGGGAGAUAGGAUUGCUCACAGAUGAAAUUGAAAUCUAUGGCCAAACCAAAGCCAAAGUACGUCUGUCCCUGCUGGAAAGGUUAAAGGAUCAGCCAGAUGGGAACUAUGUACUGGUUGCAGGGAUUACACCAACUCCUCUCGGAGAAGGGAAAAGCACCGUGACCAUUGGUCUUGUUCAAGCUCUAACAGCCCACCUUAAAAUAAAUUCUUUUGCCUGCCUGAGGCAACCUUCACAAGGACCUACCUUUGGUGUUAAAGGUGGUGCAGCUGGGGGUGGAUAUGCUCAAGUCAUACCAAUGGAAGAGUUCAACCUUCAUUUAACUGGAGAUAUUCAUGCUAUUACUGCAGCAAAUAAUUUGCUGGCUGCUGCUAUUGAUGCCAGGAUUUUGCAUGAAAACACUCAGUCUGAUAAGGCCUUGUAUAAUAGAUUGGUUCCAUUAGUUCAUGGAGUGAGGAAAUUUUCAACUAUACAGCUUGCACGCAUGAAACGGCUGGGAAUAAAUAAAAUGGAUCCUGAUACUUUAACAGCAGAUGAGAUUCACAGAUUUGUACGUCUUGACAUAGAUGCAUCUACAAUAACAUGGCAAAGAGUGUUGGAUACAAAUGACAGAUUUCUUAGGAAAAUAACAAUUGGAGAAGCCAGUACAGAGAAGGGUUUUUCUCGCCUGGCUCAAUUUGAUAUUGCUGUUGCAAGUGAAAUUAUGGCAAUCUUAGCACUGACUACCAGUCUGUCAGAUAUGAAAGAGAGAUUGGGGAAGAUCGUAGUUGCUAACAGCAAAAAUGAGCAGCCGGUGACAGCUGAGGAUUUGGGAAUAACAGGUGCUUUGUCAGUUUUGAUGAAGGAUGCAAUUAAACCAACACUGAUGCAGACAUUAGAAGGCACUCCAGUUUUUGUGCAUGCUGGACCUUUUGCAAAUAUUGCUCAUGGUAAUUCUUCAGUUUUGGCAGACAAAAUUGCCCUUAAAUUGGUUGGCAGAGAUGGAUUUGUAGUGACUGAAGCUGGUUUUGGUGCUGAUAUUGGGAUGGAGAAAUUUUUCAACAUCAAAUGCAGAGCGUCUGGCUUGGUUCCCAGUGUGGUUGUGCUUGUUGCUACAGUGAGAGCACUGAAGAUGCAUGGAGGUGGGCCAAAUGUGACAGCUGGUGCCCCUCUUAAGAGAGAAUACACAGAAGAGAAUCUCAAGUUGGUAUCUGAUGGCUGCAGUAAUUUACGAAAACAAAUUGAAAUUGCUCAGCUUUUUGGUGUUCCUGUUGUGGUUGCUUUAAAUGUUUUCAGGACGGACUCUCCUGCUGAGAUUGAUUUGGUCUGUGAGAUUGCCAAGCGGUCUGGAGCCUCUGAUGCAGUGCCUUGCAAUCAUUGGUCUGAUGGAGGCAGAGGAGCUGUGGAAUUGGCUCAGGCAGUAAGAAGAGCUGCUAAUCAGCAGAACUCAUUCAGAUAUCUGUAUGACUUGGAGCUUCCCAUUGUAGAAAAGAUAAGGAUCAUAGCGCAGAAUGUCUAUGGAGCUCAAGAUAUAGAGCUAUCACCAGCAGCACAGUCUCAAAUAAAUCGUUACAGUCAACAGGGAUUUGGAAAUCUGCCAAUCUGUAUGGCAAAAACUCAUCUCUCUCUCUCACACAUGCCUGAAAAGAAAGGUGUUCCAACAGGCUUCAUUCUGCCUAUUAGCGAUGUGAGGGCAAGCAUUGGGGCUGGUUUUAUUUAUCCUCUAGUUGGAACGAUGAGCACUAUGCCAGGAUUGCCCACAAGGCCUUGCUUCUAUGAUAUCGACCUCGACCCUGAAACAGAACAAGUUCAAGGGCUGUUUUGAGCACGCUCAAAAUCAGACUCCUGAAAAUACAAACUGCAGAUUCCAUGUUUCCUGAAGUACAAGACAAAAAAUACUUUGAAGAAUGCCUCUAAUACAUCUCUGGAAGAAUAUGGGAAUAGAUUAAAGGACACAUACCUUUCUCUGAAACCUUUUUGUAAUGAAAAACAGCACAAGAACCAAAAAUUCAGUGCAAACUAAUUUAUUCUAAAAUGUAGUAUAAAGCAAUGCCUUGAAAAACAAUUGUCUACACAUUUGAUGGUUUACAGGGGAGUGGGGAGUGUUAUUUAAAAAAAGAAAAUGGUUUGCACUCUUAAUUUUUUUCUGUUCCUUACUUGAGCUGGGGAAAUAAAACUGUUUACCUCACCUAAGGGAGUGCAGAAAAGCAAGCUUUAUCAAGCAGCAUUAAAGGGCACAGGGUAGCUUCUAGCACUCCAAAGUUGAGUUCUCACAUAAAAAAUCUGAAUUACCUGUCAGUGUAACUUUGGACACUGUUCAGCCAGGAUUCAAUUUAGGGAUCUCAUUUGAGGAAACAACUCAGGAAUUCUGUAAAAGUUGAAAAGGGAGCUGUUUUCCUUCUGUGACUAAACAGCUGUGAAAUGCUUAUAACUUCAUGCGUCUCCAAGUAUCAUGCUUUGCCAAAGGAGUUUGAGUUACUGGACUUACAGUGGUUUGAGCCAUUGUGAGCAACUCUGCUAGAAUCACAAAUAUCAACAAGCCUGCAUUCUUUCUCCUAAGUAAAAAGAAAUAAGUAAGCUUUAUCUUCAAGUCUCUUCCCACUAAAGGGUUAGUGUUUGGUUCCUAAUUGAGAAGAAUGUUGUCCUUUUUCUUAAUAGUACUUUAAAUUUUAUAUAUAAAAUAUGAGAAUGGAUGCAGUCUAGUGCACAGAUGUGUUUAUUUCAGUGUGUCUUGCUGUUUAUAGCCAAAUUUUCGUGAGCUACAGCUCACUUCUUCAGUUACCAUAUCUGAAGAAGUGAGCUGUGGCUCACGAAAGCUCAUACCCUUCCACAAAUUUUGUUAGUCUUACAGGUGCUACUGGACUCUUGCUCUUUUCUACCAUUUAUAGCAGUGUAGACUUAAUAGGAAGAUCCAAAAUACUAAUGUUGAUUAAAUUUUUUAAGGGGGGCUCCUGCCAGUCAGGAGUUGGUAAUCAAAACUCUUUACUUUGGAUUGUUAUAAUGGCCAGUCACAAAUUUUUGUGCCUGUUUAAAAAGCCAAAAUGAAGACUUUUUUCUGAAUUAACAUUGUUUCCAUUAAUGGGAUAAUUGUUACUGGACUUCAAAUCUAACUAUAUUUGGUGAAUUAUUUCUCAUAAUUGCUGAUAAUUAUCUCUGAUUACACUCACCAUCUCUUCUUCCCAAUGUUUAUGUUAUGCUAAAGAUAGGUAAAUAAAUUAUCUUCUGAAAUGCACUGAACUCUUUGAAUCAUUAAGAUACUUAUCAACAAUCCAUCUCACAUAAUUAAAUUACAUAACAUAUUGUAGGAUAAACAAGCAAAAAACUUGGCACCUACAAACCUGAACUUAAUUCAAAACUGAACUCUAAUUCUCAAAAAUGACUUCAUUAAAAAUCUGGA